AUGGCCUCCAGAGAUGCCACCCACCAUGAUGGGCGACGCAAGAAGUCGGCUUCUAGAGAUGCGGCCAGGAAGAAAGGCUCAGCUUCGCGUGACUUAUCACAGUCUUCCAGUGGUGCUCAAAGGUCCAAGCGCACACGAUCUCCAAUGUGGGGUUUCGACGUGGCCAAAUAUGGCAAGAAUUUCAAAGGUGCAGCCGUUGAUUUCUGGAGGCGCUUGCUUCAUGCUGAGCCUCACGAUCCACCAUUUGGGACCUAUGAGACCGUCCAGACUGCAGACUGCAAGUUUGAGUCCACCCUGCGACUCAGUGACAGAGCUCAAGCAGCUGCUGGUUUGAGCAACACGGAGUACAAAGGAGAAGUGUGCAGCAACAAAGCAGAGGCCGAAAAUUCAGCAGCCCGUGUAUUUUGGGAUGAUCCCAUUGCACAGGAGAGAGCCGCGAAACUAGAACCUUCAAGGAAAUCCUUGAAGGAAAGGUGCCGCCGCCUAGGGCACAAUGCCAAGCGCAAAGCGCUGUAUGGAUCUUGA